AUGGUGAUGCUUCAGCUUUCUGCUGUAGUCCUCCUUGCGCUCAUCGCCCCCUCCCUCGCCGGUGACGCCGACAUGCUCCAGGACGUCUGCGUCGCCGACUUGGCAUCCCCGAUCAAGCUGAAUGGGUUCCCAUGCAAGGCGGACAUCACGGCAGACGACUUCUUCUUUGCCGGACUCAAGAGGGCUGGCAACACCAACAACGCGGCAGGGUCCAACGUCACGGCAGCAAAUGUACAGUCAUUCCCUGGGGUGAACACGCUUGGCGUGUCCAUGGCACGCAUCGACUACGCGCCGGGAGGCCAGAACCCGCCGCACACCCACCCGCGUGCCACCGAGAUCAUCUUCGUCACCGAAGGAGUCCUCGAGGUGGGCUUCAUCACCACCGCCAACAAGCUCUUCACUAAGACUGUCACCGUCGGAGACGUGUUCGUUUUUCCGCGUGGCCUCGUGCACUUCCAGCAGAACAGGGGGCGUGGCCCUGCAUCCGUCAUCGCCGGCUUCAACAGCCAGCUCCAGGGCACACAAGUCAUCGCCACCACGCUCUUCGCUGCCGCGCCGCCAGUGCCUAGCGACGUGCUGGCCAAGGCCUUCCGGGUCAGUAACGAGGACAUCGACGCCGUCAAGGCCAAGUUCAGGUAG